GCGGCUGUGGUUUGGACUGCUCGGUGUGCCGUACCGGUUGACAGAUUCAAGUAUGUUGUCAAAGUUUGAUCGGAGGUCGCAGCGGUACGAAUAAAACUCUUCAUCUGCGGGAAGGCUGUUGUUAAUCCAUUAGUCAUGGGCAACACCAGCGAUCGUGUAUCUGCCGAUCGACAUGGAGCAAAGACGCAGCGCUCGGACAUCGCGGGCGGACACAAAGACCACGAGCCCAGCAAAAUGAUGGACAGCACUGAUGACCCCAAUAUCUUCAACACACAUGGACUAGAAUCCAAAGCUUCAAGUGAGAAGGAUUUCCCUCCUGAUUUAGAUGACAUGGUAAAGACGGUUCCUCAGGCCCGACCGACGGUCAUCCGCUGGGCUGGAGGAGGAAGAGAGGUCUACAUCGCCGGAUCCUUCAACAACUGGAGCACCAAGAUCCCAUUGAAUAAAAGCCAUAAUGAUUUUGUAGCGAUCUUGGACCUGCCUGAGGGUGAACAUCAGUAUAAAUUCUUUGUUGAUGGCCAGUGGCUUCACGACCCAUCUGAGCCGGUGGUCACCAGUCAGAUGGGCACCAUUAAUAAUCUGAUCCAUGUGAAGAAAUCAGACUUCGAGGUGUUUGACGCGCUGCAGGUGGACUCGCUCGAGUGCUCCGAUACAUCAGAUCUAUCCAGCUCACCGCCUGGCCUGUACAGUCAGGACGUUUACAUGUUCAAGCCUGAGGAACGCUUCAAAGCUCCGCCCAUCCUACCCCCCCACCUGCUACAAGUCAUCCUCAACAAAGACACCAAUAUAUCAUGUGAUCCUGCCCUGCUGCCGGAGCCCAAUCAUGUGAUGCUGAAUCAUCUGUACGCGCUCUCAAUAAAGGAUGGUGUGAUGGUUCUCAGUGCAACUCAUCGUUAUAAGAAGAAAUACGUGACGUCUCUGCUGUAUAAACCCAUUUAAUGAGCUCGUGGCUCAUCCUGUAGAGCUGAGAUUGCACUAUAAACACCAGAUAUAGAGAAUCUGUCCGACUGAUAGUAAUGUGAGUGUGUGUGUAUGUGUGGACAUCUAAAUUACUUGAGAUUGUCUUUAACCCUUGUGCGACCUUCGGGACAUUUUUGUCUUUUUCAUUUUAGUUUUUUCGAUCAUUUUGUCUGUGUUAAUGCCAACGGCAUAAAUUUAGCCAAAGGUGUGUAUUUUUGGGGGGAAUUUUGAUAUUUCAACCUCAGUUCUUAUAAUACAUCUAUAAUACACUGUGUACACAAAAUAGUUACACUCAGGACCUUCAGGACAAAAAUGUCCCCAUUGAAACCCAUUAAAACUGCAAUAUUUGAUCCCAGUGCCAUUAAAGCAUAAAAUCAUGAAUUCUAUGAUAUUAUACUUCAAAAUUUACAUUUUUAACAUUUUCCACCAGAUGGCGCCAUUUUUCGCAUGUUGAGCCUAUGGAGCAAAUACAAGCUUUUCCCCUAUUUUCUGUUUGCUGUAUUAUAGAGCACUGCAGGCCAACUGAAUAAAUGAUGCAGAUAAAAUUGUGUGGGUGUGUUGGUAUGGUUGUCAGAGUGUUAUGUAUGUGUGUGUGUGUGUGUGUGUGUGUGUGUGUGUGUGUGAAAAGCAACAGUGGUAUUAUGUUAAUAAACUGGCAUUUAAAGGGUUAAAAUCCUGAAAAUGAAUGAAUAUUUGGUAGUUAUGAUCAGGACUGAUGUUGGUUACAAGAAUUAACUCACUGAAAGUGGAAAAUAAUAUUAAUAUAUAAAUAUUAUUAUGGCAGUUUUUUGACACGGACAUUUUUGUCCUCUAAGGACCUCCGAGUAACUUUUUUUUUUUUAUUGACGCACAAGGGUUAAUCGGCCGAGUUUGUCGUUUUAUGUGCAACAUUGUGCAAUAAUUAUGAGUGACGCCAUUAGGUCAUUUCAAAGCGCUUUAUAAAUGGGUGCGAAUGAGGAUUCAUGAGUUGGAUCAGAAAGGAAAGGCAUAUUGUUUCUAAUGUGAUUCACCCUUACAUUUCAAAUGCUUUGUUAGUAAUUCAUUAAUUAUUGCAUUAUUACCCAUAAAAUUGAAUCGGCAUCAACAUAUAUUAUUUUGUGGGCUAAAAUGUAUACUUACUCCCACAGUAGAAUACAUCUAUAUCAGAUGUUGCAAAUAAAUAACAGAGGAGUUCAUUACAGGCUUUUGCCUCCACAUUUUGAAUUUCAGGGGCAUUUUUGUCACUUUCAAGGUGAGUUGCACUUAUUUACCGACAGUUCAUGUUUGGUGUUUUAAUGCCGAUGCUGAUGGAACUUUUGAAUGUUUUCUUCUCUUAUAAUUAAGUGUCAGAGUCUAAUGUCACUUGAUAAGAUGAAGGACACGUGCAUCUGUAAUCAGAAGUGAAUUUGGUAUUUGGACCUCUGAACUGUUUAAAAGCAGAAAAUGUGUUUCUAAUGGCAUAAUGAUGUCGUGUAGAUCUCAUGAUGUGAGUUUUACUGCACGUGGUUUGACUUUCACUAUGAUGUCGUGCAGACGAACAUUUUUAGCUGCUUCACUGUGACAAAAUGAAUGAAUCUAACGGCAUGCUUUAGUUUGUCAAGCUGGAAUGUAUCUUUGUGUGUUACAAACCAUUGCAAUAUACUAGACACACGUUUGUCUUUAUAGUGAGAAAUGGUGACGUCAACAAAUAAUGUCUAAAUAGAGUUUAUGAAUCAGAAAUGUGAUUUGUAUUCUUAUCUGAAAUUGCAUUGGUUUUUCUGAUGUUGACACUGUUGAGAAUUCAUGUUGUUUUGAUGCGUUUGCUGUGAGUUUAAUAGUGUGCCAUUUAUUCACUCCAAAGAUAAUCAGUCAAAUACUGUGUUUAGUGUGAAAGAUAAAAAUAUGAAUAUUACGGUGAUAUGACCGUAGCACAGUCAGCUUUAGGUGAGUGCUGUUACAGAAUAUUAUGUUAGGGAAAAAUAUCCACCUUGAAUUUAAAUCGUUUCCCUCUUUGUUUGUGUGCUGUUUUUAUUUAAUGUACUGAAGAAUAAUUUAUUAGCUGUGUAUUUUACAUGAUGGCUGUUUUGCUUCUGAUAAUAAAAAGGGACACCUUC